AUGUCUUUCCAGAACUUCGAAUCGUUCCAAAACCAGCACCCAGCGGCCGAUGCUGCCGCUGCUGCCCCCGGCGCACCUGCUACCGCGGACACCAUGGCCGGCCAGGCCGACCCUACCGCCGCCCAAUUCCAGGGCCCUGCUCCUGGCGAGCCAACGGCCGCUCCCGUUCAGCCCGCUCAGGAGGGCAAGACCACUCUCUGGAUGGGUGAGCUUGAGCCCUGGAUCGACGAGAACUUCGUCCGCAACCUCUGGUUCCAGAUGGGCGAGCAGGUCAAUGUUAAGAUGAUCCGCGACAAGUUCUCUGGGAGCAAUGCCGGCUACUGCUUCGUCGACUUCUCUUCUCCCGCUGCCGCCGCUAAGGCUCUGUCGUUGAACGGCACUCCUAUGCCUAACACCAACCGCCUCUUCAAGCUGAACUGGGCCACUGGUGGUGGCCUCGCUGACCGCAGCCGUGAUGACCGUGGCCCCGAGUACUCCAUCUUUGUUGGUGAUUUGGGCCCUGAGGUCAACGAGUAUGUGCUCGUGUCCCUCUUCCAGAGCCGCUUCCCGUCUUGCAAGUCUGCCAAGAUUAUGACCGACCCGAUUAGCGGCAUGUCUCGUGGCUACGGCUUCGUUCGUUUCUCUGAUGAGAAUGACCAGCAGCGUGCUCUGAGUGAGAUGCAGGGAGUCUACUGCGGCAACCGUCCUAUGCGCAUCUCCACCGCUACUCCCAAGAACAAGGGUCCUGGUGUCGUUCCUGGCGGUAUGGGCAUGCCCGGUCCCGCGGGAAUGUACCCUCCCAUGGGUGCUCCUCCCAUGGGCUUCUAUGGUGCUCCUCAGCCCAUGAACCAGUUCACUGACCCCAACAACACAACUGUCUUCGUUGGUGGACUUUCCGGCUAUGUCACCGAGGAUGAGCUUCGGUCUUUCUUCCAGGGAUUCGGUGAGAUCACCUAUGUCAAGAUCCCUCCCGGAAAGGGCUGUGGCUUCGUUCAGUUCGUUCAGCGCCAUGCGGCUGAGAUGGCCAUCAACCAGAUGCAGGGUUACCCCAUCGGCAACUCCCGUGUGCGUCUGAGCUGGGGCCGCUCUCAGAACAAUUCCGGCCCUGCCGGAAGCCCUUACCGCCCAGCUCCUCCUCCGCCUCCCAUGUACCCUUCUAUGGGCAUGCCCCCUGCCCACCAGUAUGGCGGCUUUGCGCCUAUGAAGGUUGGUGACCCUGAAGCUACUGCAUGA